AUGGGGCCGUACGGUUCCACCACCUGCUCCGGCGCCAGCAGCAGCGCCAGCUCCUCCUCCUCCUCCUCCGUCACCAAACCCCCCGCCGACAUCGAUGGCUGUUUGGCCGAUGCCGGAUACAAGGUCCGCUCCUCUGAUCUGCGACACGUCGCCCAGCGCCUCGAGCGGCUUGAGACCGUCAUGGUCAACUCCCCCGGCGACCUCUCCCACCUCGCCUCCGACGCCGUCCUUUACAACCCCGCCGACCUCGCCACCUGGGUCGACUCCCUCCUCACCGAGUUCAACCACCAACCCCUCAUCUCUCUCCCCUCCGAUCUCGACUUCUCCGAAGGCGCCGUCAUCAAUAAUCCCGCCGCCCUCCCCCGCCAAACAUGGACCGAUAAUUCCGCCGUCAUCGCCGCCGUGCCGCAGCAGAACCACAACCAGCUCACCGUCGUCACCGCCAUGGAAGAAGAUUCGGGGAUUAGGCUGGUCCACUUGCUUGUCACGUGCGCCGAAUCCGUCCAGCGUGGUGACCUAGCAUUGGCCGGCUCCCUGAUCGAGAACAUGCAGGCUCUGUUGACACGUGUCAACCCCAGCUGUGGCAUCGGGAAGGUCGCCGGGUACUUCAUCGACGCCCUCAGCUGCCGAAUCUUCUCGCCGCAGACCGUCGGCUCGGCUUCCGGCUCGGUUCACGAGAAUGAGCUUCUCUACCACUACUUCUACGAGGCCUGCCCCUAUCUCAAAUUCGCGCACUUCACCGCCAAUCAGGCCAUCCUGGAAGCAUUCGACGGUCACGACUGCGUCCACGUCAUCGACUUCAACUUAAUGCACGGCCUCCAAUGGCCCGCGCUUAUUCAGGCCCUCGCCCUCCGCCCCGGUGGGCCCCCCCUGCUUCGAUUGACCGGCAUUGGACCGCCGUCCCCGGACGGGCGCGACUCGCUGAGAGAAAUCGGCCUCCGACUCGCCGAGUUGGCCCGGUCCGUCAACGUCCGCUUCGCUUUCCGCGGCGUGGCGGCUUCGAGGCUGGAGGACGUGAAGCCGUGGAUGCUCCAGGUGAGUCCCAAGGAGGCGGUGGCGGUGAAUUCUAUCAUGCAGCUGCACCGGCUGCUCGGAUCCGACCCGAACCGGAACUCCCCAAUCGAGAUGAUGCUGUCCUGGAUCCGGAACCUCAACCCGAAGAUCGUGGCGGUUGUGGAGCAGGAAGCGGACCAUAACAAACCGGGUUUUCUGGACCGGUUCACGGAGGCGCUGUACUACUACUCGAACAUGUUCGACUCGCUGGAGGCUUGCGCGAUGCAGCCGGAGAAGGCUUUGGCGGAGAUUUACAUACAGAGGGAGAUAUGCAACGUUGUGUGCUGCGAGGGAGCGGCUCGAGUCGAGAGGCACGAACCGCUGGACAAGUGGCGGAUCCGGCUCGAGCAAGCCGGGUUCAGGCCGCUCCACUUGGGAUCGAAUGCGUUUAAGCAGGCGAGUAUGCUUCUUACUCUCUUCUCGGCUGAAGGGUACCGCGUGGAGGAGAACCAAGGCUGCCUCACUCUCGGUUGGCACAACCGCCCUCUCAUCGCGGCUUCGGCCUGGCAAGUGAUGCCUAUGGCCGAAGCCACGGCAAACCAACAAGCGGUUGGAAUUAUUAAUCAGAAUAAUAAUCCCAAUCGAAUCUAA